CGAACGAGGGCGUCGGCCAUUUUGUGUCUGUUUCCUGUGGGACGCGGUGGUGGCCGUUGGGUCGGAAGAGUGAGCGAUUUUUGCCUCGUUUUUCCUGUUAGUUUUCCCCCCCUUUCACUUUGUCGGUAGAGCGCAGUUAUGGGUCGCAAGAAGAAGAAGCAGCUGAAGCCGUGGUGCUGGUAUUGUAAUAGAGAUUUUGAUGAUGAGAAGAUCCUUAUACAGCACCAAAAAGCAAAACAUUUUAAAUGCCAUAUAUGUCAUAAGAAAUUGUACACAGGACCUGGCUUAGCUAUUCAUUGCAUGCAGGUGCAUAAAGAGACAAUAGAUGCUGUACCAAAUGCAAUACCUGGGAGAACAGACAUAGAAUUGGAAAUAUAUGGUAUGGAAGGUAUUCCAGAAAAAGACAUGGAUGAAAGAAGACGACUUCUUGAACAGAAAACGCAGGCAGAGAGUCAAAAAAAGAAGCAACAAGAUGAUUCUGAUGAAUAUGAUGAUGAUGACUCUGCAGCUUCAACUUCAUUUCAGCCACAGCCUGUUCAACCUCAGCAAGGUUAUAUCCCCCCAAUGGCACAGCCAGGACUGCCACCAGUCCCGGGAGCACCAGGAAUGCCUCCAGGCAUACCUCCAUUAAUGCCGGGUGUUCCUCCUCUGAUGCCAGGAAUGCCACCAGUUAUGCCAGGCAUGCCACCUGGAUUGCAUCAUCAGAGAAAAUACACCCAGUCAUUUUGCGGUGAAAACAUAAUGAUGCCAAUGGGUGGAAUGAUGCCACCUGGACCAGGAAUACCACCUCUGAUGCCUGGUAUGCCACCAGGUAUGCCCCCUCCUGUUCCCCGUCCAGGAAUUCCUCCAAUGACUCAAGCACAGGCUGUUUCAGCGCCAGGCAUUCUUAAUAGACCACCUGCACCGACAGCAACAGUUCCUGCUCCACAGCCUCCAGUUACUAAGCCUCUUUUCCCCAGUGCUGGACAGAUGGGGACACCUGUAACAAGCUCAAGUACAGCUUCAUCCAAUUCAGAAAGUCUGUCUGCAUCUUCUAAAGCUCUGUUUCCUAGCACAGCACAAGCUCAGGCAGCUGUCCAAGGACCUGUUGGUACAGAUUUCAAGCCUUUAAAUAGUACCCCUGCAACAACUACAGAACCCCCAAAGCCUACAUUCCCUGCUUAUACACAGUCUACAGCUUCAACCACUAGUACAACAAAUAGCACUGCAGCUAAACCAGCAGCUUCAAUAACAAGUAAGCCUGCUACACUUACAACAACCAGUGCAACCAGUAAGUUGAUCCAUCCAGAUGAGGAUAUAUCACUGGAAGAGAGAAGGGCACAGUUACCUAAAUACCAACGUAAUCUUCCUCGACCAGGACAGGCUCCCAUUGGUAAUCCACCAGUUGGACCUAUUGGAGGUAUGAUGCCACCACAGCCAGGCAUCCCACAGCAACAAGGAAUGAGACCCCCAAUGCCACCUCAUGGUCAGUAUGGUGGUCAUCAUCAAGGCAUGCCAGGUUACCUUCCUGGUGCUAUGCCACCGUAUGGGCAGGGACCGCCAAUGGUACCCCCUUACCAAGGUGGGCCUCCUCGACCUCCGAUGGGAAUGAGACCUCCUGUAAUGUCGCAAGGUGGCCGUUACUGAUCUUACUUCAUCCAAUCUAAUAGGUUUGGAGAUUAAACCUUUUCUCAACUUGUGCUGUUUAUAUAGCCAAGCUUCCGUCAAUAAGGCUUCAUUGUGACUUUAACAAACAUUAUCUUCCCACAUACCAGGAACUAUUGGACAUUUAUUUUACAUGGGAAAAAUUAUUUGGAAUAAUAAAGCAGGAACUUUUCCUGAAGUUGCAAUUUAUACUGUAUGGCUUCUUUUUCAUGUUUCAUCUAGGUUUUUAGAAGUGAAGUAUAGUAAAUUUGGUUCGUUAUAUUGUGAAGGCGCUGGAAUUACAUGAACAUACCACCUUAAUAAAGGCAAGUUCUGUAAGCUUACAUUGCUAUUUGUAAAGUUAUGCCUUCACAGCAUUUCAGAUGCUGUUGGACUUCAUGUCCCCAACCUAGCUUGGUGAGGGCUGUAACUGUUUCCGAGACCUGUACAUUGGAAGUCUGAAUGUAUAACAAUAUUUAAUGUAUUUAGAGUUCCUCAUGUUGCAGGGUUUAAGAAAUCUGACCCACCAAGGUCAUGUGACUUUUCUGUACUGUUAAACUUCAUUGUAAUAAAAUGAGAGAAAAACUUAUGCCUUUUUAUUCAUAACCCAGCUGUGGACCACUGCCUGAAAGGUUUGUACAGAUGCAUGCCACAGUAGAUGUCCACAAAAUAAAAUUCAUAGUUACCAAUACA